GGGUGAGUGGCUACAGGAGAGUGGGAAAAUAAGUGAUCUUACUCAAUUUGAAUUAGAAAAAAAGGAAAUACAGGAAGACAGAAGAAAUCUGCCCAUUAUUUCUUACAUUGUAGCCUCUGGAAGAGCCUCCCAGAGCAGCCACCUCCCUCUUCCCUGCCUUUACUCUCCUCCUCUGCCUUACUUAGGACUCUCAGCCAUCCAUGAGUGUGACCAACUCCUCUGCCUAUCGAUCGGAGCGUAGUUUCCACCAGACUUCAUCCUCAUCCUCAUCCUCUGGUAACCCAUACAUGGAGAAGAGCCGGGGACUGUUUGCUGAGGAUUUUGGCUCCUUCAUGAGGCCUGGGAGCGACACCUUGGGAUUUUCCAGCGGAGCUGGAAAUAUCAAGGCUCUUGGGGAUUCGUACCAGUUCACAGUUGACGUGAGAGACUUCUCCCCUGAAGAUGUCAUCGUCACCACAUCAAAUAACCAGAUUGAAGUUCAUGCAGAAAAGUUGGCCCAGGAUGGCUCGGUGAUGAACACUUUCACACACAAGUGCCAACUACCUGAGGACGUGGACCCCACCUCAGUGACAUCAUCACUGGGCGGUGAGGGGACCCUAACAGUCAGAGCACGGCGACACCCGGCCAAACACGAGCUCGUACAGACCUUCCGCACCGAGAUCAAGAUCUAAAGAGGGACCCACUAUCUCAUCACAAACCUUUCACUUUUUGUGUUUUUAUUUGUGUUCUCUGUUUCCUGUCCAUUCUACUUUAAAUACACAUAAAGGCACUGUGUUCAAUAAAUCAUGCCAUGUCCUUCUUACAAUGACUGCAGCAAUGCCUGUUGCUGCUCAUUUAUAUUCUAGUCAGUUCACUACACACAUCUGCAAUAGGUCACACCUGCACUUAACAUAUUGAGAGAGGGGCUUGGACAUAUAUGCAAAGACACGCACACACACACACAAUUAACUGAUGGUUGCCACAUUAAUUAUAAUUUAUUGUAUGUUAUUAUUUGUGUGAAUAAAUAUUUUUAGAUCAGAACCAGAA